GUGUGACAGUGAACCACGAAACCAUACAAUAGACACUCCUUACUUGAGUUAUGCCAAAUUAGUGUGAUCAAAAGGUUUGUUAUCGGCAAUGGUUGAUGUAAAUAACUUAACUUGUCAAACCUGUAACAACGUGGGUCUUGGUGAUGGUUCUGAUGGCUUCUUCUAUUGCCUUCGGUGUGGCUGUCAGUACGAGGAUGUCAUUGACACCGCUGUUGAUGACGAUGAUAUCUUUAAUAAGGGAGGAGAAACUGGUGGAGCCGCUGUCUACUUGGCCAGUCACCAACGCCAGCGAUCUGUUGCAAUCAAAGUCGAACCCAUUUCUCAGUAUGAUUCUUUCUAUGAUUCCCAGUCCAAUUUCGUUAGGAAUCUGGGGUUAGAAGAUGAAACUCCUCAGCGAGAUUAUCAUGGUCAAGUUAAAAGCGAGGAAUUUGAUUAUGCUCAGUUUGAUCAGGCAAGUCCUUCUGUUCCUGCUGAUUUUGGAGGCUUGAAAGUUCCAAGCUUUGAAGACUACCACAAUGAGAUAAGGAUGCGGUAUGUGAUGGGGUUGCAGAUGAUGAUUGAGCUUCAGUGUGAAGCAUUGGUGAAGGAGUUUAAGGUUACCCCUUUAAUAUGUGGCUUGAUUGGGCCAAUCUGGCUGAGGUUUGUCUCCAGGACUGGUGUUUUUGAUGAUGACUGGCCUGAUAAAGUAAUCCAUGACUCUGAGAUGCAGAACGAAGAUGAACCAGGAGAUUACAAGCUGCGUGCUCAAUACAAAUCAGAACCCCACAACAUAUUUGGUCAGCGAGCUGUGAUGAUUUGGUUUAGGUCUUUAAAGAAGAGAAUUCCACUAGCUUGUACUAUUGCUGUUUCAUUUCUGGCAUGUCAUGUUGCCAGGGAAGCUAUCCUGCCGUCCAACAUGAUGAAAUGGACACGUGAAGGGAAGCUUCCAUAUUUUUCUGCUUUUGUGGAAAUUGAAAAGCGCAUGGGACACCCGUCAAGUGCAUGUCCUAUUAGUUCAAGUGUUAUGUUCAGGCCUCAGCGAGCUGUUCAGAUACAGAAGUUAGAGUCAUUUGCUGCAUCCAUUGCUCAGUUCAUAGGCUUGGAGUUACCUCCUGUAAACUUUUAUGCAAUAGCUUAUCGUUAUCUUCAAAUAUUAUCACUUCCUGUUGAAAAGAUUCUUCCUUAUGCAUGCCGUAUAUAUGAAUGGUCAAUGCCUCCAGAUUUGUGGUUAUCCUUAUCCUCAAAUUAUUUUAGGGUACCGACUCAUGUAUGUGUUAUGUCAAUUCUGGUAGUAGCAAUAAGGAUAUUGUAUAACAUAAAUGGUUUUGGAGAAUGGGAGAAAAGUUUGUCCUGUACUGAUGGUGCCAAAGACAACAGUGAAAUGGGUAAUGCUUUUGCCUCUCAUAAUGAACCUGAUUUAGGUAAAGACUCAGCUGAAGAUCCCGUUGGAUCUCGAAAACACGAAUUGGAUUCUGUUGGUCUUCUCCAACACCUUCAAGCAAGAUAUAAUGAGAUUGCAGAUACCUAUGGGUAUUCCAAGGACUUGCCAACAUAUCUCAAAUACUGUAGGGAUGUUGUCUUUGCUGGAUCAGAACCAUCUUAUGGGAAUCAUGAGGAAGAAAAUAUGAUACAAUACCUAUGGAAUUUUUAUCAGAAUGAGAAUAUUAAACCAUCAGAACAUGUUGAGCAAUCUAAUACUUCUUUGAACCAAACAAUGUCACGGGAAAAAGGAUGCAUUAGCAGGGCAUCUGAGGCAAAGAUUAGAAAAGAAAGUUCUAAUGAACCCUCUCCUAAUGAUGGCACCUGCCUUGAAGAUGACUUGUCUGGAAGUGUGGGUGAUGGUUGUUCCUAUGAGAGUUUGCAAAACAGUGAAGACUCAGAUUCCCAUGAGCACAGUUCAGGAAAAUCUCAUGCCAAGGAAGCCAUUAGACAGAUGAAAUUAGACAUGGAGGAGAACAGGUUUUGUUAUAUACCACCUAGUGUUAAGCUGAAAAAACUUGAUUACAUUCACUAUGUGCGGAAGAGAGAUGAAGGUGCCCUGACCUAUGUUGCUCAUGCUGAUUAUUACAUUUUGCUUCGGGCUUGUGCCAGGAUUGCACAAGUUGACAUUCGGAUUUUGCAUAUUGGUGUGUUGAAACUUGAGAGAAGGCUUGCUUGGUUGGAGAAUCGAAUUGAUCAAUGCUUACAUUUGAAACCUUCUAAUCUUUCAUGUCAGUUUUGUAGUGUUAAGGCCACGGAAAAUGUAUCUGAUGAUAUUCCUGGACAAUUAAAUUUGAAUACUUGAGGAUUUAUUCUUCAUUCUUAUUGGCAAUUUAACUAGUAACAACUGGAAUUG